GGAACAUUAGGAGCAGGCAAUCACUAUGCAGAAAUACAAGCAGUCGAUGAAGUUUAUGAUAAAUGGGCAGCAAAGAAAAUGGGAAUUGAAUAUAUUGUUCAAGUAUUGGUUAUAUUCUGGAAGUCGAUGUUUUGGACACCAAGUGGCAAAUGGAAAUAUGGCUGCAUUUGAUAUGGAUGAUCCUCAAUCUAUUGUUUCACCUGGUGCUGUAGGGCUUGACAUUAAUUGUUGUGUACCAUUACUCCAGACAAACUUAUUUGAAAAAGAAGUCCAGCCCACCAAAGAACAAUUAGCUCAAAUCAUAUUCCUGUUGGGGUAGGAUCAAAAGGAAUCAUACCGAUGAAUGCAGACCAGUAACAAGAAGACAAAAAACAUUGUGUAUAAAAUGGUAGAAUGUUAAAUGCAGAUUCGUUUAAUGUUAGCAUGAGCAAUGUUACCAUGAGUAAACGAGGU